UUAUUUUAUAAUUAACAUCCUAUUUCACUUCUUUGCUUUUGCUGUUACAAUCCGUAUUUUAUACUUUCUUAGUAUCAAAAUGGCGACCAAAACAUAUUGGUUUCCGAUCGUCUGUGUUUUCUUAUUAUUUUUCGAUUUGUGUACGUCUUUCUUCGACAUUGAUGAACUGAAGACAGUGCAUUACGGACUAGACAUAGCUAGUGAGCCUGUCGUUGUUACCGAGGAAUUACCGGUUGGAGCUAUUGAGCUGAUGUCUAAGUAUGGACAGCAGUACCGCUGCAGUUUCCCAGACCACAGCAUACAGGACAAGGAGAAAGAGGAGCAGGAAAAGGUUGCCAUGGAAACAGGAAUACUGCAGCUCUUGAAGCCACUGGAGUCUGGGGAUUGUCUUUUUAAGACAAAGGAUUGGUGGACCUAUGAAUUCUGUUAUGGAAAAUACAUUCGACAGUAUCACGCUGAGGAUGGAGUCAUAAAAGGAGAAAUUAUCUACUUGGGUAAUUAUGAGUCCGACUACGACUGGGAUAAUGAGACGAAAAAAGAUGAACGUUUAAAAAGUAAGAGCAGCUUCUUCCGCUAUCACAGUCAGACAUACAACAACGGCUCGAAGUGUGAUCUCACGCAGACACCACGCAAGGCAGAAGUGCGGUUUUUGUGUGAGGAGGGUUCUGCGGAUUACAUAGCUCGUAUAGACGAACCUCAGACGUGUGUGUACAUCAUAACCAUCAACACCGCCCGCCUGUGCAGCCAUCCCUACUUGAAGCCCCUUGCGCCGAAGAAACCAGUCUCCAUCACGUGCAACCCGUUGCUAAGUACGGAACAGUAUCAGGAAUAUCUUCUCGAGGUCGAAGUGGAACAAAAGCGGAAAGAAAAAGAGGCAGAAAAAGCCAGGUUGGAAGAAGAGAAAAGAAUACAGGAGAAUUUAGAGAAGGAAAAAGCUCAAGCAGUUGAAGAUAAGACAGGAAAUCUGCCUGACCCAGUGGACAGCGGUGAUAAACUCAGCAGAGUUGAAACAUAUUUGAAAAAUACUCUGACCAAGGAAGUUAGGAACAUACAGGAUCGGUUAGCUGUUGACAAGUUACAUCUGAAGAUGAAACCCAAUCCUCCAGACGCAGUGACAGAAAAUGAUAUGGGUGACAAGUCAAACCAGAAGAUAAAGCCCCAACCUCCAGAUGCUGCUGUAGACAUUAAAAUAACCGACCAACAGGAUAAAUCACAAUCUACUGCAGGUCAUUCAAAAUCUACUGCAGGCCAUUCAGAAUCUACUUCAGGUCAUUCAGAAUCUACUGCAGGUCAUCCAGAAUCUACUGUAGAUCAUUCAGAAUCUACUGCAGGCCAUUCAGCAUCUACUGCAGGUCAUUCAGAAUCUACUGCAGGUCAUUCGGAACCUUCUGCAGGUCAUUCGGAACCUACUGUGCAUCCAGCAGACAGAAAUAUGAGACAGUCAAGAACUAAAGGUGAUGACAACUUGCACAAAGAUGAUGCUCUCCUUGAAGACACAGAUGAUGGUGAAAGUCACAUCUACGAUGAUUUUGAUAAAGAACUAGAAAAUGUGAAGAAAACCUACAAAAACAAACGCGAACAGUUUAUUAACAUGAAAGAAAAGGUGCGGUCCGUCAUUGAAUCACAGUUUGAUGAAAUUGUCAAUGAGGCUGAAGAGACUCUGGGUGAGAAGAUAGACAAACAGAAAGCUUUCCAACAGUUAAGCGGAACACUGAACAAACUUAUUCGCAAACUGGAGGACACAGAAAAAGAUAUAAGUGAUGUCGACAAGGUUCUGGCCGCUGCACUGUUAGAGGAUGUCAAUGAUGACAAGGGCCAAUCAGAACCUGGCAGUCAGUCACAGAGUCAGAUAAAGGCUCCGCCAAAAACCGUGGAAACGAAGACAGAGGAGCGAAUUAAAGUGCGAAUAACGAGGAUAAAGAGUAGCAACAUCGUCAAAGUGGAGGAAGAAAUCCCCGACAAGGCCAGGAAACACCUGGAAGACACCGUGAAAAAUGGGCUGGAGGAGGCUGGGCUGGAUACUGGAGGUGGUAAAAUUCAAGUGAAGAUAAUAACCACUGGCUACUACAACACUGACGAUGACUCCAUACACAUACUGUCUGAUGAAGAAAGUGCCUCGUUUCAACACUUGAUAGUGGCAGUGCUGGGAGGGUCAAAUGAGGCUGCAAAGGAAGAAGAACGACAGAAGACGUUGGAAGACAACUACAGCAAAGUGUGGGGCAAGAAAUCGGAGAGCAGUCAAGACUCGACGUCAAAUGAUGACGAAUCAAAACUAGUCGAUGAGAAUUAGUUCAGUCACAGAAAUCCAAUCAAAAAUACACCUACAUGUAGCUUUAAACAAAUAGUUAAUACUAUUGCUUACUUUUUAAACAAAUAGUUAAUACUAUUGCUUACUUUUUAAACAAAUAGUUAAUACUAUUGCUUACUUUUUAAACA